AUGCUCUCGUCGGUUGUUGCGGCUUCACUGGUCUUGUUGCAGGCUUCGGGCGCGGUCAAUGCGCAGACGAACCUACCGCCUCUCGGUGACGGUGUUUUCAAUGUCAGCGCGCGUACCUUGAUCGACGCCCCGCUCGAUGCGGUCUGGGAGAAGAUCAUCGACUUCUCCAGUUACCCUGACUGGAACCCUUUUGCAAGAUCCCAGACUGUCUGCAACGAGUUCUUCAUCCCUCUCGAAAAUCAGACUGCAUUCGAAGGCGCGCGGAUCAUUAUCGACGCCCAGAUCCCUCCCUUGCAGGUCCCCGUCAACCGUUCGACGCCCUUGAACCUCCUGCACAACCAGCUGUCGUUCGAGAACGUCACGCACCUCCAACCCGACCUUCACCGUGUCGCGUGGAAGCAGAUCGAUAUCCCGGAUAUCGCUGUGAACGUUACGAGGUGGACGGCGGUCAGUACGGUGGACAACAAGACGCUCUAUGAGAGUGCGCAGGUGUAUAAUGGUGGGCUUGCGGGCGUGGUGGAGCUUCUGUUCAAGGAGGGGUUACAGGAGGCUUUCGACGCGCAGGGAGAGGCUUUGAAGCUUCUGCUCGAGGGAGGAAAUGCGACGUAA